AUGGCCAUACACUUGACUGGCCAAUUUCGCAUACUCCGAUACAGAUUUUCAGAAAUGUGCGACAUAGAAAAUCGGAUGAACGAAAAAGAUGAGAAACAAAUGCAGAUGAGGCAUGUAUACGGGAUCUACGAGACAUUUAAAAAAUACUUUUGGCGAAUAGAAAUUGGAUUAGAAAACUACAGACAGAAAUUAGACGAUUAUUACAGAAGUAAUCUUUGUUUCUUUCAGAUUGUAGUACUUUGCUACGUAGGAGUCUGUUAUUUCUGCUUCGAUAACAUUUUCUGCAUCAUGGCCAUACACUUGACUGGCCAAUUUCGCAUACUUCAGUACAGAUUUUCAGAAAUGUGCGACAUAGAGAAUCGGAUGAGCGAAAAAGAUGAGAAAUCAAUGCAGACGAGGCAUGUAUACAGGAUCUACGAGACAUUUAAAAAAUACGUACGACAGCACCAGGCAUUGAUCAAUUAUUGCAAAGAACUAGAAAACGUGUAUACGAUGAUUACACUUGGACAAGUGUUAGUAUUUAGUAUAUUAAUUUGCCUGUUUGGUUAUCAAGUGUUGUUGGCCAAAGCAAGCGCUGCACGACGUUCCAUUUUCGUCUUUCUUUUAAUCGGUGCGAUGUCGUUAUUGUUUAUGUUCACCUAUAGCUGCGAUGGCGUGAUAGAACAUAGCGAUAACGUUGCUACUGGAUCGUACUCAGCGCUGUGGACAAUUAUGCCAAUCGACAAAUAUGGGAAGAUGCUUCGAAAUGGUACUGUAAUGGUAAUAAAGCGCUCUAGACGAGUCUGCUGUCUGACCGCGUACGGAUUUUUCCCUGUCUCGCUGGAGACUUAUACUACAGUCGGUAUAAUACUUGAAACAAACGCAAUACAUAUAUUACUGUGCGUUAACACCAAACAAACAAAUGUCCCGACAAAUCCACGCUUGUUUAUUACACUAACAGCCUUUAAUCCUUACAUUGCCGAUAUUUCGGCUUUAAGUGCUUAUGCGAAAAUCAUUAUGGGCCAAUAA